UUUGGUUGUUUCUGGGUUGAACGUCAUUCAGCUCAGGUGAGCGAAGGCCGCGCGCGCGGGCUGUUGUGGGUUUCUAAUCGGUCUCUGACAUAUAAUCCGGAUGACGGCAUUUGCUGAAAAAGAAAGUCUUAAAUCAGAAGUAUGGAGAGUCCAGCAGGUGUCCCCAUGUGGAGCCGCGCGUGCACUGAAGGUGCAUGUUGAUCCGGAUGCAGGUCUCCGGCUGCAGGGCCGGGAGGAGGCCUGUAGCUCCGCGCCGCAGCCCCAGGGCUGGCCCGGGGAUGGAGACUGAGAGGACAACCCCCCUCCCCUGAUGCUCUCACACAUCAACGAGGCUGAGCAGCGAUGCGCGGCGUGCGUGUGUGCGUGAUUCUAAAAACACCCAAACCCUGAGCUCAGCCCACAGAAGGUGCUGCACAGGCGCAGCGCGCAGAAGCUGCAGCGGCGGCAGAACAGCCCGACGCUUUCCUCGGUAGGGCCGGACGGAGCCGCGCGCCAUGGAGGCCCGCACAUGAACGCGUGAGGAGAGAUGCUGCAGGACAAGUCUUCCUCUGUGACGGACGAGCGCGAGAGCCGGGCCCCGAGCAGCCAGGAGACGGCCCUGCCUCCGUGCCGGUCGCCGCUCCCCGUGUCCCCGGCUCCCAUGGUCCCCAGCUCCAGCGGGCCUGAUCAGAACAUGGAGAACAUGAAAGUUGUCCUCCAUGAGCGCGAGCUGUGGAGGCGCUUCCAUGAGGCUGGCACAGAGAUGAUCAUAACCAAGGCAGGAAGGAGGAUGUUUCCAAGCUACAAGGUCAAAGUGAGCGGGAUGAACCCAAAGACUAAAUACAUCCUUCUGGUGGACAUUGUUCCAGCUGACGACCACCGCUACAAAUUCUGUGAUAAUAAGUGGAUGGUGGCUGGCAAGGCGGAGCCGGCCAUGCCCGGCAGGCUUUACGUUCAUCCCGAUUCGCCGGCUACAGGAGCCCAUUGGAUGAGGCAGCUGGUGUCAUUUCAGAAGUUGAAGCUCACAAACAAUCACCUGGACCCUUUUGGACACAUAAUCCUGAACUCCAUGCACAAAUAUCAACCGCGGCUUCACAUCGUUAAGGCUGAUGAGAACAACGCCUUUGGAUCAAGAAACACCGCCUACUGUACCCACGUCUUCCACGAGACCUCCUUCAUCUCUGUAACCUCCUAUCAGAACCACAAGAUCACACAGCUGAAGAUAGAAAACAACCCUUUUGCAAAAGGGUUCAGAGGUAGUGAAGACGGAGACCUGCGUGUUUCAAGGAUACCAGGGAAAGAAUACCCAAUCAUUUCUAAGAACAUGGUCCGCCAGAAGAUCAUUUCUUCACAAAAUCACCUCACAGGGAAACUUCGAGCAGGAGUUCUAAGUGGACACCCUCAAGUCCUGUCCUCUUACCAGUAUGACACUGGAACUCCAUUCUCCAACUCAGGCUCCCAGGAUGCCAUGUCAAACAAUUUUCCUCAAAGCAGAGAUCCCAGCCUCAUGUAUCACUGCUUCAAACACAGGGAUAACAGCCGUCACUUGGAGCUGGGAUGCAAGCGGCCUUAUCUGGAGACGGCGUCUGUGUUGUCAGAGGAGCAUUACUUUCGUUCCCCGCCCUCUUAUGAGUCGCCCUUGGUGCCUCACUCGUACUGCGCUGAAGCUAUGUCCUCCAGGGAAGCUUGCAUGUAUGGGGGCAUCGACACAGAUUCUCGGGUGGGUGUGGCGGACGCAGAUGACUUGACCAGCUCUCCGUCAGUUGGUUGCAACAUGUGGGCUGCCAGGCAGCCAUACCCUCACUACGGCAUGGAAGGCAUUUCAUAUCAGCCCUUCACAGCUCACUUCACCAACUCUGCCCCCAUCGCCCCUGUUCCUCACCAAGCACCGUCUAUGGUUUCACGGCCGCAGGCUGACACCGAUGGCUUCAGCUUAUCUACAGGUCAAAGAGGUCUGUCUGUUGCACCUGCCUCCCCCUCCUCUACAUCCACUUCUCUGGUUGUGCCUGGCGCCAGAAACAAGGCGGGCCUUUCACCUCUGUAUCACCGGAAGCCAGGCUCACCCAUGCAGUCUCACAGAGACCUGUCAGCCUAUACUUCUCAAGGAACGAUAACCCUCCGAGAUGCAUCCCAUCAAUACCAAGGAGGCAUGAGUAGUGCAGGGAGUCACUGGAGUGACAGCUAAUGAGAAGAAGCAAGAUCCUUGAAAAAUAGAUUGAUCCAGAAAAAAAGGCUGAUGAUGCCAAUAAUGGUUCUGAACUACAGCCACAAUCCCUGUUUAAUUGCACUUGAAUGAAUCAUGUCAGCAUACAGUAUGCAUGUGCUGAACAGUGUUUCCUGUUUAACUGAUGUGGAUGUGCAGCACAUGUGUCGCAGGCUGGUGGUCAGAUGGGUGGGGGCUGGUGGUCAGAGGGGGGGCCGAGCAGAGAUGAAAGUGGAAUUAAACUGUUAUUUCUUCUAAACAACAGUCAAGAUGUCUACAAUCUGGGAUUCAGAGCUGCGGGCUUCAACUGGCUGAAGGAAACUCUCCAUGUUCCCUGCUUGAGUGGAGGGGGGCUUCUUUAAAUCUCAGGAAUACUUUUUUUCAUUUCACAAACAAAAGUUGGACACAAAAAGAAACAAAAUGCAGUUUAUUCUAAACUUGUUUGAUUCACAUUAACAUAAAUGUAAUGAAAAAAAUUACACACAAAUAAGCAGAAACAACCAAAAAUGAACUCAAGCUUCUGCUGAGCGGAAAGCCAGUAGAUGAUUGUCUAACUAAACAUAACAUAGAAAUAAGCAGCUUCACAGAAAAGACGUCAAGAGACAUAAAAAAUCAAAUGAAACAAAAUUCCUCUUUAACACCAUGACCAUUUACAUUCAGACAAAUGUUCCUGAGAGUUCUUCAUCACCAUGUCAGUUUGAAUGGCAGUCUCUCUUAUUGGAGGAACUCAGAUGCUCCCGCUAGAGAAAGCAUCAUGGUAGCAGAGUCCUUGCUAAAAACGUUCUCAAAGAGCCUCAAACACCAGAGAGUCCGAGCAGUGGUGGGAGUGAACAGACGAAAGGUGUUUCGGAUCCACUUUGUGCAUCGCCCCUUUAUUUCAGACUAUUGAUUUUUAUGAUGUGUUUGCACACUUGGUAAAUAAAGAUGUUCAUGCCUUUAACUUUUUGAUGCCCUGAGUUCUGACCCUUCUGCUGGGACAGGUACACUCGAACCUUAGAGCCACAGCUCAGGGAAAAAUAUUUGAUGAGCCUGAAUUCAACUCCACCAUCUUUCCAAUAAUAAAACCUGAAACAAACAGGUUAAAGAUGCAGAGUAUUGCUCAAAUGUAUCAUAAAUGACUUAAAAAGACUGCUGGACGGUUUGAAAAUCCCUGCAGGGCAGAGCAAAGAGCCAGGAGGGCCUCAGCAGUUCACCGCGCUCCUUCAUGUGCAGCUUCUGUCAGCUCAGGAGUUAUGAGAAGGUCUCAUUCGUGGUUCAUGUCAGCACAUUCGU